UAGGUUAGGUUGGUUGGUAUAUAAUUAGUAAACAAAGUGUGAUCAAAUUUUUCCUCCGCCUUAUUUUAUCAAUUACAUCUAUAUUACACCGUCAGUUUUUAUCUGCUAAUGUGCGAGGACAAAUCAAAUUGAAUCACGAUUCAUCAGAUUCGUGAUUCGACUUCCUUUUUUCCUGUCAUUCCACGUUAAUCUUAUGACAUCAAAAUACUUCAGAGGAUGGAAGUCAGUUGUGAGAAUUCUUUCAGUAUGCAACUCAGCUAGCUACAACAGUGGCAUCAACUUUUUGCUUUUACCAUCAGCUCAUCGCAACUUUAGGAGUCAGUCAUUUUGCUCACAAGAAGGUCCCAAAAUCAUGGCUUCAUCCACUACUGUCAAGAAAAAAAACCGGCUAGCUCAAGAAAAGUCACCAUAUUUAUUGCAGCACGCGGAGAAUCCUGUGGACUGGUACCCAUGGGGGCAGGAAGCAUUUGAAAAAGCGCGGAAUGAAGAUAAACUGAUCUUCUUAUCUGUCGGUUAUUCAACUUGUCAUUGGUGCCAUGUCAUGGAGAGGGAAUCUUUUGAAAAUCAAGAGAUAGCAGCAAUCAUGAAUGCACAUUUUGUCAAUAUCAAAGUAGAUCGCGAAGAAAGGCCAGAUGUGGAUAGUGUUUACAUGGCAUUUGUUCAGGUCAGUUCCGGUCAUGGCGGGUGGCCUAUGUCAGUGUUCCUCACGCCUGAUUUGAAGCCGGUUGCUGGUGGCACUUACUUUCCGCCAGAGGAUCGCUAUCGAAGACCAGGAUUCAAGAAUGUUCUUCGAAGAUUGGAGAAAGAGUGGAGAGAAAGUAAAGCAGAUCUUUUAAGAACAGGGGAUAAAAUCAUAGACAUUUUGAAGAAAACCACUAUUUUUGAUGUCAAGAUAUCGGGGGAGAUUGCAGGGGGAUCUGUUCCAGGAGAAGAAGUUUGGCAACAUUGUGCCGUUCAAUUAGCAGAUUCUUUUGACCAACCUUACGGCGGUUUUGGUUAUGCACCCAAGUUCCCACAAGUGUCAAACCUUGAUUUUGCAUUUCACUACUAUGCCCACAAUCCAGAAAACUCACCAAUUUUUGAUAUGGCCCUUCAUACUCUUCAAAUGAUGGCAAAAGGUGGAAUCCAUGACCAUGUUGGAAAGGGAUUUCACAGAUAUUCAACAGAUGAAAGGUGGCAUGUUCCCCAUUUUGAGAAAAUGUUGUAUGAUCAAGCUCAACUAGCUGUUGCCUACUCAAACGCUUUUCUUCUUACAAAGGAUCAACAAUAUGCAGUUAUUGUUAAUGAUAUAAUGGAUUAUGUGAACCGAGAUUUAAGUCACAAAGAAGGCGGCUUCUAUAGUGCUGAAGAUGCUGACUCAUAUCCUGUGCACGGGGCUCCGGAAAAAAAAGAAGGUGCAUUUUGUGUUUGGACCUACAAAGACAUUGAAAAACUUCUAUCUAAGCCUAGUUUAUCAAAACCAGAUUUAUUGUUGAAAGAUGUGUUCAUCGAUUACUUCACUGUGAAGCCUACUGGAAACUCUCCGGAAAGUCAGCAAACUAAUAAUGAGCUGUUUGGGCAGAAUGUCUUGAUAGUCAGUGGGAGUGAUACUCAGACAGCCUCAAAGUUUGAACUUUCUCUGGAGGAACUUAAGGCAGAUCUUGAGGAAUCAAAAAAGAUACUAUAUGAGGAACGACUGAAGCGACCAAAGCCCUCUUUGGAUGAUAAGAUUCUCACCUCUUGGAAUGGUUUAAUGAUUUCUGGCUGCGCCAAGGCUUCGCAAGCUCUUCAUUCUGAAGAAUACAAAAAUCGUGCUUGUCAAGCAGCAGAAUUUGUGAAGAAACAUCUCUGGUGCAGUGAAAAGAAGCAACUCCUUCGAUGUUGUUACACGGACAGCAACAGAUGUAUCACCCAAGUACCUGAACCAGUGUUUGGUUUCCUGGAUGACUAUGCGUUCUUAAUUCAAGGAUUGAUAGACCUGUAUGAGACUUGUUUUGAUCCAAAAUGGCUCGAGUGGGCUUUAGAAUUACAAACCAUUCAAAACAAUCUAUUUUGGGAUACAGAAGGAUUUGGUUACUUUGACACUGCAGUCGGUGAUGCUCAAAAUAAUUUGUUGAGAUUAAAAAGAGAUUAUGAUGGAGCAGAACCAUCAGGCAACUCCAUAGCGGCUAAGAAUUUGGUCCGGCUGUCGGCGAUAUUUGAUAGUGAUGAAUUAGAUGAGAAAGCUAAGCAACUUCUUUCUGCAUUCACAAGUAGGAUGACAAGAGUGCCCACAUCUGUCACUCAAUUACUGUGUGCUCUCAUCAUGUACCAUAGCUCUCCUACUUUAAUUUAUGUCACAGGCAAGACAGAGAAUGCUGAAACGAGUGCUCUGUUGAAGGCAGUCCACAGUGUUUACGUACCAGACCGCGUGCUGAUUCUAGCAAACGGUGCAGAAGACAGUGUUCUCUACAAGAAGAAUGAAACAAUUAAGAAAAUGAAAGCUGUGGAAAAUUCUCAGGCUGCUUACACCUGCAAAUCCAAAACUUGCUCACUGCCUGUCACCUCUCCAAAUGAGUUGAUUGACGCUAUCAAUCCAAUCAAAACAGUAAAAUAAUGCCUGUCGGUUACAUGUAUAAGAUUUAGUAGAUUAUUUCUGUUUCUAAGCUUUCAAUUCUGUUUUAAGAUACAAUUUUUGGGUUAUCAACAAAAUAUCUUGUUUUAUUUCCUGGCUAGAAGCGCAUCAAAAGGACAGCUCCAAGAUCCAUUUUUGUAAGUCACAUUGCAUUUUCAACACACUCACCAACUUUGUCUGCUUCAUAUGCAACAUUUGAUUUUUUGUUGGUGCCAUUUGAGUGAAAAUCAUCUUGCACAGAUCUCAUUCUUUAAUUUUGUAGCCCAGGCUAAUAAGCAGUUAUGACAGUGUCGUGAUAAAGAAUGAUCCAUACAACUCUACCUGUGAAAUAGAUGUGAUGUAAUCGCAACCUUAAUGUGAUAAAGCUCACCUCUUACGAAAGCUUAUACCUACUUUUCCUCUAACAUUCUUCAUCCUACACCUUAAAAUCCACAGACUUCUUAGAAAAAUAUUUUUCCAUCCUGCCAAUGUUGUAUCUGAAUAUCUGAGGAAAUAUUGGGAAAGGAAAAGCACACGAGUUCAGGAAAAAGCAUGUCUUUUCAGUAGCACAACACAAGGUGUCAAAGAUGUAACAGAGUUACCAAAUCGGGUACACAACAGUCUCCCUAAAAAAAAUCAAGACUUCUUUAACAAAUCAAAGAAUCUAAGGAGAACUCAGGAUACUCAGUGCACCUAUGUUCGAGCAUCUAUUAAUAAUUCAACUGUGGCUUAUAGUGUAUUUUUUGAAGGAAAUACACUAUUUUUAUACUUUAAUUUCUGAAAUAUUAAGCAAGCACUUUAAAAAAUCUGAAUCAUGUAUGUUGAAGUCAAUAAAAACACUGUUCUUUUUGUUAUAA